GACCGGAGGCGCGGCGUGUCGUUUGUAGGUUCCUUCCAUUCCUUCCUUCCUUCGAGCAGUUCCAAUCUGAAGGGAAGAGCUUGACAACGACGCGCAGGGGGUUUUAGGUCUUCUGGAGCUCGAAACCCUCGAUCCUUUCCGUUUCCAGUAGUCUCGCCGUUCGACGAUGUUCAAGAAGUUUUCUUAUGAAGAUGUAUCUGCACAAAACCAAGUUAAGGCCUCUGUUCAGCGUAAAAUUCGACAGAGUAUUGCAGAAGAGUACCCAGGAUUAGAGCCUGUGCUGGAGGAUUUGCUUCCAAAGAAGUCCCCACUUAUUGUUGCCAAAUGUCAAAACCAUUUGAAUCUUGUUCUGGUGAACAAUGUGCCGCUCUUCUUCAACAUCCGUGAUGGGCCUUACAUGCCAACUUUACGACUGCUUCAUCAAUAUCCGAACAUAAUGAAAAAACUACAGGUAGACAGGGGUGCAAUUAAGUUUGUUCUUGCUGGUGCAAACAUAAUGUGUCCUGGUCUCACAUCACCAGGUGGUGCUUUGGAUGAUAAAGUUGAGUCAGAAACUCCCGUGGCUAUAAUGGCUGAAGGGAAGCAACAUGCUCUUGCUAUAGGCUUUACAAAAAUGUCAGCAAAAGAUAUUCGGGCAGUUAACAAGGGCAUUGGCGUCGACAACAUGCAUUACCUUAAUGAUGGCCUCUGGAAGAUGGAGCGUCUUGUUUGAUAAUGUGAGAGGCACGACUUCUUGCAGCGGCCUUUUGGACAAACUGGAGGAUUUUUACCAUCCCUAUGCCUCUGGGCAUCUUAAUUAUAUACAUUUUGGUAGUUUCAUCAGCUGGAGAAGUUCGAGGAAAUUACUCCGGCAUGUUCUUCGCUUGUAUGCAGUUGUGAAGUCAGCUGUAUAGAAUUUUUAUAUUUUCCUUGCUCAACUUAAUAGGAUGCUUUUUACUUCCUUUGGAUCUGGUAGGCAACAAGUGACUGAACAUGGAUCGUCUUUUGCUACUUUGGUUAUAAGUAAUUUCUCCUUUGCUUUUUUUGCUUGGAA